AUGAAAAAUAAAUUUGAACCAAUAACAUGUCCUGUGUGCUCAAAAAACGUCUAUUUUGCAGAAGAAGUUAGGGCUAUGGGUCGUGCAUUUCAUAGGCAAUGCUUCAAGUGUUGCCAGUGUUCAAAAGCUUUGGAUAGUUUUACCGCAAAUGACCAUAAAGGUUCGUUGUACUGCAAGAGCUGUUAUGCAAAAAACUAUGGACCACACAUAUAUGGUUUUUCAACCAAUGGUGUUUCCGCUAAAAGUUGUUAUGACCUACGAGACUAUAUGAAAUCAGAUGGGUAUACGAAUUCACACAGUCCUAUGAGUUACUCUCAAACCUAUCAGCAUCAUCAAAAUCACUAUUCUUCUGGUCAAGAAAGUUCUUCAAAUUGGGACUAUAGCGGAAAUUAUAUUCCACGAAAUAUCAAGACACGAUGGUCUAGUGGUAACGGUGGAUGUAAUUCAAACCGUUGUGCAAACUGUCCAGAUAUUGUUUAUGCUAAUGAAAGAAUAGAUGCCGUCGGUAAAGUUUUUCAUCGUUUAUGCUUUAAAUGUGCUGAUUGUCAGCGUCUUCUUGACCGUGGUACAGCCUGUGAUCAUAAUCGUGAGGUAUUUUGCCAAAAUUGUUACACGAAAAACUUUGGUUCAAAAGGACUGAAAGCAGGCACGAAUCUACGUUGUUGUUAG